GGGGGGGAGGGCGAAGGGUAGCGGCGAUCGCGCGGCGCGGCUGUCGUGCAGCCCGGGUGCGGAGCGCGGAGCGGCCAUGCCGGUGGAGCUGGGGCUGUGGGACGGGCCGCUGAGCCUGAGCGAGGUGGAGCAGAAACCCGCGCACCCGCUGCGCGUCAAGUACGGCUCCGUGGAGAUAGACGAGCUGGGCAAGGUGCUCACCCCUACGCAGGUGCAGCACCGGCCCACCAGCAUCGAGUGGGAUGGCUGUGAUCCCCACAAGCUCUACACCCUGGUGCUCACCGACCCCGAUGCGCCCAGUCGGAAGGAUCCGAAGUUCAGAGAAUGGCAUCACUUCCUGGUGACCAACAUGAAAGGUAACGAUGUGGGGAGCGGGACCGUGCUGUCAGACUACGUGGGCUCCGGGCCCCCUAAAGGAACAGGGCUGCACCGCUACGUGUGGCUGGUGUACGAGCAGCCGAAGCAGCUGGCCUGCAAUGAGCCCAUCCUGUCCAAUCGCUCCGGCGACAAGCGAGGGAAGUUCAAGGUAGCAGCUUUCCGCAGCAAGUAUGAGCUGGGGGUGCCGGUGGCUGGCACUUGCUACCAGGCAGAAUGGGAUGACUACGUUCCGAAACUCUAUGAGCAGCUGUCUGGGAAGUAGGGAGAAGGGACCUGACCACGCACUGUGCUGCAUUCUCCGUUCCCCUGGAGACCGGUCUUGUCUCAGCAUUUCUCUGUAGUUUUGUUUGCCUGAUGAGCUGAGAACCCAGCUGCUCCUGCACUGACAACUUGAGCCGUAACUCGAACCAUAACCCCACUGAUCUCUGUGAAGUGAAUCUGCUUUGGUGUCAGAGCGGUCUGGCUGUGCAUUGUGCUUCAGCUGGCUCCUGUAGGUACAGGCCAUAGCUAAAUAGGCUUCUGAAAAGCUGACCCUGUGAGAGCAGCCCCCAAGGCCAACCUGCUCAAGGGAAGCCUAAGCCUUUGUGACUCAGUGCCACUUCAGAGUGUCUCUACUGUGUUAAAACGGUGUCAUGCAGCAGCAGUGUGGGUAGAGAACCACUUCUGGCUGCGAAGCCUUCUCUUUCCAGAAGGGGAGAGGGCAGCAGUCUAUAAAGGAAACUGCAUUUUUUUUCUCUCUUGCAAGUAUUUGGCCGGUGCCUCCAAUAAUGUGAACCACUAAUUAGUAGAAUGAGGUAGGGACUCUGGUUUAUAGCACUACUUUCUGAUAUCUGUUUCCACUCAAAGCUGAGAGGCUUUGCUUUGCUCGACUUCUGUUGUGACCUGGUGUUUGCUCACAGUGCAAUUAAACACUUUGCAAGGUGGAUGGACAGUGUGGUUGUCUUCUUGGGGGAAGGGGGAAAAGGGGAACACUUAGAGGAGCAGUGUGAUGUAGCAAGGUUCCUCUUCUGAUGUGCAAGGAGAUGCUGGAGCCUUGUGCUGGGGGAGCCCCACCAUCCUGGCAGUUGCCUUAGCACUUCCUGUGCUUGAGGAGCAAACUGCAAGGCAGGCACAUCCCAGAAGCCCGUGCCUCACUCACCUCAGGUUGGUGUAGGGUAGUCUACAGCCUGUUACCUAUUGCUAAUGCAUUCCUUGCAGCAAGUGGGGCAGCAUUUGCUCACUUGAGUGCAGGUUUCACCUCCUGUGACAUGCGCUGCCACCAGCAUUACACGCCUGAAGAUGCAUCCCAGCCCUGCUGCAGGGCACACUGGUUGCUGGAUUUGCUGAGCCCUUGGGGCAGGAAACAAACCUGGAUUCAAAUCACAGGCUUGGUUUUAAAGAAGAUGAAGACAAUGUAACUGCUUCACACAACUGGAAGCCUUCCUCCUCUUAACUGCUUCAUUGUCUCAAAGGACCUGUUUUUAAGGGGUGUGAAAGACAGACGUGCAUAAAGAACUUCAGCACCUUGUAGCAAUGCCCUGUGGAAAUCAGAGUUACCUCAUAGUUUGCCCCCAGGGUGGGAACCCAACCCAGCAUUGCAGCUCCAUACCUGGAAGGCAGCACAGCCAGACCCGCAGCACGGUGCCAGCUGGUGGCGGGGUGCCACAGGCAGAGCAUCACAGGCACAGGUCCUCCCAGCAAGGAAGCUUUCAAGGGAAAGCCCCAACUAAACACACCAACAUCUACAACAAAAACAGCAGAGGGUGCAGAUCCCAAGAGCUGAGCCAGUUCAGACUGGAAGAAAGGCAUAAAAUAAAGAGAUGAGCAGCGAUGCAGCAGUCUGAACGCAUUCCCCCCCCAGCCCAGGGCCAGGCCAUGAGCCACUGCUCCCCCAAAGAGACAGCGAGGCACUGUGAUGAACACUUUUAUUUACAAAUAUAAUUAAAAGCUCUGACAGUUACUCAUGCUCUUCCUUUGAACCUGAAAAACGUUUUUUGUAUUUUUUUUUUGCUGUUUUGUUUUCCUUGUUGCUUUUUUUUAAGUUUUUUGUUGUUUUUUUUUUAUUUAAAGUGCAUGCAAAAGAAGUAAAGCCUUUUUUUUUUGUUUGUUUUGUCGGUUUUUUUUUCUUUUUUUUCUUUUUUUUUUUCCAUCUUUUUUUUUUUUUUAUUGUAAGAAAAUACACAGUUUGAAAGUGUGAGUAAUGCGAUAUUUAUGACCGAAAUCAUGGGAGACCGGGGGAGGAUUCGGGAGAGGAACAGAAACAUCAGAAAAGAAAGCAAUAGGAUGGACCAAAAGAAAGAGAAAAGAAAGGAGCGGGGAUGGCGUGAGAGACAGCGCCGAACUGCAGGGACUGAAGCGGAAGGGAGGAGGGGGGGGAAAAGGGGAGGAAAGAAGUAAAAAAAUUUCUGAUCAGAGAAACAGUUAAAAUACAAUAUGAAAAUAAGUAAAAGCUCUCCUUAAAUUCCUUCUAUACACAAAAUACACGAUUUGACAAAGCCCAAUUUGUGCUACUGGGAUCCCGCGGGCUCGUUUCUAAGUGUAUUCGACAUUCUCCGCGACAGCAGAAAAUGGUUUAUGAUACAAUCAAGAGUAACGCCGAGGAGCCAGGGCCGCCCCGCCUGGCACGGUGCUCCUACAAAGCGCCAGGUCUUCGCCCACCCCCCUCCCCACCAAGUAAUAAUAUGUCACCACUGAUAUGUACAGCACGAUUCCGUGGUUGGUGGUUUUAUUGUUUUUUUUUUGUCUUUUUUUUUUUUUGUCUUCCUGUAAAAUGUAUCAAAUUUUUUUAUUUUUUUUUU